UGUUUAGAAGAAAUGCCACUGAGAACCGUUCUUUAAUACUGGAGUUCCUUCUUCUCGCCAUCCACCGCAAUGCCUCUUUCUGACUUUGUUUUGGCACUCAAAGACAAUCCAUACUUUGGGGCAGGCUUUGGCCUGGUGGGUGUAGGUACAGCACUAGCUCUGGCCCGCAAGGGGGCCCAAUUUGGCAUGGUGGCUUUCAGGCGGCAUUGCAUGAUCACUCUGGAGGUACCAAGCAAGGACAAAAGCUACUACUGGUUGCUGAGCUGGAUCUCUCAUCAUGCCAAGCACACCCAGCAUCUGAGCGUGGAGACCUCUUACCUGCAGCAUGAAAGUGGCCGUGUCAGCACCAAGUUUGAUUUUAUCCCCAGUCCAGGGAAUCAUUUCAUUUGGUAUCAAAACAAGUGGAUCCGCAUAGAACGGAAUCGGGAGAAACAAAUGAUUGACUUGCACACAGGCACCCCAUGGGAGUCUGUCACCUUUACAGCAGUAGGCAGCAACCGAGAGAUUUUCUUCAGCAUCCUGCAGGAAGCCAAAGAAUUGGCCUUGAGGCAGCAAGAAGGAAAGACGGUCAUGUACACUGCCAUGGGUGCUGAAUGGAGGCCGUUUGGUUUCCCACGGCGCCGGCGCCCACUAACUUCUGUGGUGCUUGAUGAAGGGAUUUCAGAGAGGAUUGUGCAGGAUGUGAAAGAGUUCAUCGGCAAUCCCAAGUGGUACACUGAGCGAGGUAUUCCCUAUCGGAGAGGAUACCUGCUCUAUGGGCCCCCAGGCUGUGGCAAAAGUAGCUUUAUCACAGCAUUGGCUGGGGAACUGCAGUACAGCAUCUGUCUUCUGAGCCUGAGUGACCGCAGCCUUUCAGAUGACCGCCUCAACCACCUGUUGAGUGUGGCACCUCAGCAGAGCAUCAUCCUCCUGGAAGACGUGGAUGCUGCCUUCGUCAGCCGAGACCUAGCCGCUGAAAACCCCAAUACAUACCAAGGCAUGGGACGCUUAACCUUUAGUGGCCUUCUCAACGCAUUGGAUGGUGUGGCUUCCUCCGAAGCCAGGAUAGUAUUUAUGACCACCAACCACGUGGACAGGCUGGAUCCAGCUUUGGUUCGCCCUGGCCGGGUAGAUCUGAAGCAGUAUGUGGGACACUGUUCGGAGUGGCAGCUUGGACGCAUGUUCCAGAGGUUCUAUCCAGACGAGCCACUAGCUGUGGCCCAGCGGUUUGCUGAACAAGCCCUGGCGGUCUCUGAUCAGAUCAGUGCUGCACAAGUGCAAGGCCAUUUCAUGCAAUACAAGGCAGACCCGGAUGGAGCCAUUAAGAGUGUGCAAGCUCUUGUGUCCUGAU